AUGCGUCUGGUGGAAACACGGCAUGAUGCCUGUGUGACAGCUUUUCCUCACGUUGCUAAAAAAACGAAAACAACCACCAUUGCCUGCAACCUCGCUCAUAUCAUCAACUCCUCAUCCACUGACAAGUUUUUCUGCAAAGUCAAUCGUUCUGACUGCAGUCCCAGCAGUGGUGUCAGUAUCACACCAACCAGCAGAGGCUUCAACAUCACCAUAAGUCAGGUAACUCUGAAAAACCAAGGAGAGUACUGGUGUGGGCUCAAAGAAAACACAAAAUAUUCCGGAGAGAACAAGAAUUAUUCAGCUGCUCUCAAGAAAAUCCAGCUGCUGGUUGAAGAUAUCAAAUACUUUAGAAAAUCCCGGACCACCGGUCACAACGUCUCAUACCACUGCAACUACGCAGACUCCCCAGCUGUUGUCGACUCGUUCAUCUGUAAGGGAGACGAUCCACGCGUGUGUCAGACCACCGUGAACUCCUCAACGCCUGAGAACGGAAGGUUUUCAAUGAAAGACGAGAAAGAUCAGAGAAAUAUCACAGUAACCAUGAGAGAGCUGACAGUGAAAGACAGCGGGUCGUACUGGUGUGGAGCAGAAACCUCCGAGAGAGAAGGCGGGAAAAUCUUCUUCAACAGACUCUCUCUGACAGUCGGGCCUGCACAGUCAUCCUCCUCAGCCUCUCCUUUAAUCCUGACGACUGAACCUUCUGUGGGGAGUCACAGCGGCUCUCAGGCCCACAUCAGUGUGGUCAUCCGUGUCGUCCUGGUGCUGCUGCUGCUGCUGCUUGUGCCAGUUUCAACUCUCAUCUACAAACGAUGUUCAGCGUCAAAAACCUCAGCAGCACCGAAUAGAAACAGCACCAAGGAGGAUUCCAUCUAUGAGGAGAUGAAAGCACGCCCCCCCCCCAUGCCAGACUAUGUCAACAUGCCCAUUGGAGCGGCGAGUGACGUAGACGGAUGAUCUACAGCAAACCUUCCCACAAUGCACCCCGUCUCCCUCUAUCACACCACCAUCAACAUUCAGAGGCGCCCUGAUCGAGACACUGAUGAUUCAAAGAUCCACAAGCACGAGUCCUGCCAAAAUGUGGCUGUGAAGUGUAAAGUGCCAUGUCUUCCUCCUCCUCCUCAUCAUCAUCAUCAUCAUCCUCUUCAUCCUCAAUCCACAAUGAACAAACCCUGACAGUAGUGACAGUUCUGUCAAUUUUCUAUUUCUAUCUUUUUACUUAACGAUAUCCAUUUGUUUUUUUUAGAAUUUACAGUAUAUGUAUCAGUUCUUUUGAUAUUGCAUUUUCCAAAU